CCCAUCUACCUAUGUCUAACCUCUCUCCGGGCGCCAUUGUCUCGGUGGAACCAUUUUCCCGGGGGGGCUCGAGCUCGGUGGGACCCAAUGAGGAAACUAGACUUUUUCUUAGCGUCAUCGAAUCGGGUAAAUGAGGUCACCCGGAACACCAGAGCUCCGGCGCAAAACACUCCUUAACUGCCCCUUGACCAUCGCGUUCGCGUUCCUUGCCGUCGUCGCCGCCGCCGCCGUCGUCGUCGUCGCUGCGGGGCAUUCUAGCGCUCUUCCUUUUAGCAAAACUUAAUCGCAACCAGUAGCAGCAGUAUCACAAAACCUGCCUUUCAAAUUCCCAUUACACCGACCGAAAGCUGCUUCACCUGUCACGAGCCGGGAAACAACCAACAUGGCGAACAAGUCGAAAAGAGCCGUUGCUGAAAAGCCGCAUGGCUACGAGUUCGGAGGACCCAUCGGCGCCUUUUUCAUCUCCUUCGGACUCCCAAUUCUCGUCUAUCUAUUCACUUUCGCCUGCAAUGAUGUGUCUGGGUGCCCUGCGCCUUCCCUGUUGAGUCCCUCGACCCUGAAGCUCGACCAGCUUAAGCGCGAAGUCGGAUGGCCCGAGGAAGGCGUUUGGGGUCUCGGAAGCAUCGAGGUAACGGGCGCCGUCUUGGGAUACUACCUAUUCAAUGCGAUCCUUUACCGCAUCCUCCCAGGCGCCGAAGUUGACGGCGUUGAGCUUUCCUCGGGUGGUCGUCUCAAAUACCGUUGCAACUCCUUUGCUUCCAGCAUGUUCAUCCUGGUUGUUUGCCUCGCUGGCACUAUCGCCCAGGGCGCCGAGUUCCCUCUCUGGACCUUCAUCACCGACAACUACAUCCAGGUUGUCACCGCCAAUAUCCUCAUCGCGUACGCCCUCGCCGUCUUUGUGUACGUCCGGAGCUUCGGCGUCAAGCCAGGCAACAAGGAGUUCCGCGAACUCGCAGCCGGUGGACACUCGGGCAACUUGAUUUACGACUUCUACAUCGGACGGGAGCUGAACCCUCGCGUCACUCUUCCGAUCCUCGGCGAGAUCGACAUCAAGGAGUGGAUGGAGAUCCGACCUGGCCUGCUGGGCUGGGCGCUGAUGAACUUUGCCUGGAUGGCCAAGCAGUACCGCACCUACGGCUUCGUCACCAACAGCAUCGUCUUCACCUCGGCAGUGCAGCUUGCGUAUGUGAUUGACUGCUGGUGGAACGAGCCGGCAAUCCUGACCACCAUCGACAUCACGACGGACGGCUUCGGCUUCAUGCUGUCCUUUGGUGACCUCGUCUGGGUCCCGUUCGUGUACUCGUUGCAGGCUCGCUACCUGGCCGUGUAUCCCACCUCGGUCAGUCCCUUGGGCAUGGCCGGCAUCGUUGGGGCCAUCGGUGUUGGGUUUUCCAUCUUUCGCCUAUCCAACAGCCAGAAGAACGCCUUUCGCAGCAACCCGGACGACCCCAGCGUGUCUCAUCUCAGAUACAUCGAAACCAAGGCGGGCACUCGCCUCCUCAUCUCGGGCUGGUGGGGAGUCGCGCGGCACAUCAACUACCUCGGUGACUGGCUGCAGGCCUGGCCAUACUGCCUGCCUACGGGCAUGGCUGGAUACACCAUCGUCUCUGCCGGCACGGGGUUCGCUGAGGCCGGGAUUGAGGGAGCUUUCAAGAUGGCUGACGGCCGUGAGGUCAUCCAGGGUGCCGCGCGUGGAUGGGCAAUUCCCAUCACGUACUUUUACAUCGUCUACUUUGCCGUCUUGCUGGUUCACCGGGACCGUCGCGACGACGAGAAGUGCUCGCGCAAAUACGGCGAGGAUUGGGAGAAGUACAAGAAUAUUGUUCGGUGGAGAAUUCUGCCUGGUAUUUACUGAGGAACUGCGGGUUCGUAGUCAUGUUUUUCGGAACACAGGCCCGGAGACGGAAACUGGGGAGAACCUCUUCGGUCCGUUUUCCUCGAGUCGUGGAUCCCGUGGAGCUUCGUGGGGAGCAUGCCCUGAUCCGGGGUCUUUUUUCUGGGCGAACUUGGUGGACACUGGCGUUAGGCAUCGGUUGCGCAAAAGGCGUUGUUGGUUCAUUCAUCUCUGCGCACCAGGAAUAACCCGAAGUAGAUAGUGCCGUUUCUCGGAAGCUUCAUUUUUCACCCUCAUCUGACUUCCUCUCAUCCGAACCAGCCACGCACGUCGCCAUGAUGUUCAAACGAAACAUGGGACGAAUUGUAGACAACAUAAGUCGGACAACGCUUCGGGUGAGAGGGUGUCCUUCGCAGUGAGCCGCGUCCUGGAACGUCACUUACCUGCAGUGCCUGGAGGUUGCCACCAGUGUGCGUCAGUAAACCUAAACAAUCAGAAGUGGCAGGAUUCUAAUGGGCUUGCAUAUGCUUAUUCACCCUCCUAAGCGACGCAGCAGAGAGAGUCCCGCUGGAAAAGGAGCAGCCGAAGCAAAGGUGUAAACGGGCCGAAAGACUCGAGGACCCCGCUCCUUGGCAACGGACGGCAAGCUCAUGAUUAGUGACAUUGGUGCGUGCAUGAUGUGCAUGUUAAAUGAGGCGACGAUGGGUGAGCCUUGAUCGAGGACAGGGUUGACUACAGGCCUCAACCCGCCGGGGUUUUCUGUUGACAGAAGC